CGGUGGGACAGCGCGCCUCGCGUACACUUGAAACAGAAAAUCGUAACCUUGUCAUAUUCCAGUGUUGUUAUAUUAUAUUGGUGCACCAAUGAUUUUAUAGUGGUCAGUGUACGGCGGCUUUCGAGGGAUUUAUUUUGUGAUUCAGUGCGUAAUUAUUGUGUUGCAUGAGUGGUCCCGAUGGGGUGCUGGGUAGUGCGCGGGAUGACGGACGCCAUUCGCCGGCCACCACCGAAAAACUAACGAAAUGCGGCGCGGUAGAGCCGGAGUGCGUGGCGAUAGGUAGCAGACUGCGCGGCGCGAUGGGCACACGGCCGCCGGCUCGCUUCUGGCCGCAGCUGUGGGCUACCGUGCUGCGCAGUUUGCUCCUCAAGAAACGGGAUACCAGGAAAACCCUCGCUGAGGUGCUGGUGCCCCUGUACUGCUUGGGCGUGCUGAUCUUCCUCAAGAUGCUAGUGCCGAACCCCAACUUCCCGGAGGUCAGCAAGCCGGGCCGCCUGCUGCGCAUCCACCACGACAUCCUUCCAGAAAACCAUUCCGUCGCGGUGGUCGCUGAUUGGGCUACGGCUAAUGGGACUGUUGGUUUCCUGGAGGAGAUCAACAACCUGCUGAUAGAGUCUAACCAGCACGCUAUCAAUUGGGUGCGCUACAACAACACCACGGAACUGAACGACGCUUACCAUCUGAACGCGCGGCACUUUCCCAUCGCCGUCAUCUUUCACACCGACCCCAGUACCUUCGGGGAACCACUCAGAUACACAAUUCGUACGAAUCCCUCGCACGCCGGCACACCGUCUACCCGGACUCUGUACACAUCGCCAGUGAAGUGCCGCGAAAGACCAGCGGCUAAAGAUUGGUCUUCCGACUGGUCUCGGGGUGGUCAGCUCAUUCCCCUAUCGGAGAUGCACAGCGAAGACGUCUGCCCCGUGCUACAAUACUACUAUUCCGGUUUCUUAGCGUUGCAGACGCUAAUCGAUUAUGUUAAGAUCAAGCUGGACACCGGUUCCCCAUUGCCACCACCCAGGGUGGACCUGCGUCAGUUCCCGAAGCGGCAACACACCGGUGACUGGCUGGUCAUCUUCCGCGUCAUCAUGCCCAUGUACAUGGUGAUGACACUCUCGCAGUUCAUCACAUAUCUCCUCAUGUUCGUGGUGGGGGAGAAGGAAAAGAAGAUAAGAGAGGGCAUGAGGAUAAUGGGAUUAAAGGAUUCUGUUUAUUGGGGUUCCUGGUUCCUUAUAUACGCUGUAUUUGUUACAAUAUUGUCAAUAGUCAGUACGGUCCUGUUAUUUACUUUGGGGGUGUUCCAGCACUCUUCGUAUAUCCUCAUCUUCCUUCUGAUGCUGCUGUUUGGUUUUACGAUUAUUACCUUCGCGUUUAUGUUGACUCCAUUCUUUGACAGUGCUAGAACUGCAGGUAUUAUGGGCAGCUUCGCGGUGAACCUGAUGAGCUGGCUGUACUUCAUCCAGGUGUUCGUAUCGAAUGCAGACUCGCUGGCCUUUUGGUUCGUCUCUCUUAUAAGUUCCAGUUGUUACGCACUGGCUAUGGAUAAGGCGCUAGUGCUAGACAUGGCAGGCGUGGGUGUGACAUGGGACAACUUGUGGAGUGGUUCCGGUGUACCAUUCGGAGGCAGCCUCAUAAUGAUGGCAGUUGAUACCGUGUUGUAUGGACUGGUGGCUUAUUGGUUGGAUGCUGUUAUACCCAGUGAGUACGGUAUCAAACAGAAACCGUGGUUCUGUCUGCUACCGUCGUAUUGGGGCGGAGGCCGACGUGGCAGAGUAUCAGCUGUACAUUUCCAUUCCAACGGCGAGGCAGCACAUAACAAGGAUAUUGAGCCUGUUCCAAGAGAGUUAUUAGAUAAAGAAGCGAUAAGGAUAGUGGGUCUCCAGAAGAGUUUCCGUCACUGCCGCAAACCGGAGAUCAAGGCCAUUGAUGGAAUAGAUUUGAGCAUCUACGAGGGACAGAUAACUGCUGUGCUGGGUCAUAAUGGAGCUGGCAAGUCCACGCUCUUCAAUAUUCUAACUGGACUGACAGCCCCCACCGCUGGCACUGCUUAUGUGUACGGAUUGGAUGUUAGGGAUCCCAACGAUAUGCACGAGAUUCGUCAGAUGAUAGGCGUAUGUCCGCAACAGGACGUACUCUUCGACCUGCUCUCUGUUAAGGAACAUCUGCAAUUCUUUGCCGCGGUUAAGGGCAUACCGAGUAAACGUGUCCCAGAGGAGGUUCACAAAGCGAUGUCAGAGGUGGGUCUGCUGGAGCAGGCGGAGGUCUUCUCAAAGCAUCUCUCUGGCGGUCAGAAGAGGAAGUUAAGCAUUGCCAUCGCAUUUAUUGGAGAUCCUAAGAUAAUAAUCCUGGAUGAGCCGACGGCGGGCGUGGAUCCUGUCUCCCGGCGGCAGACAUGGCGCAUCCUGCAGCGCGCUCGGCGGGGCCGCGUGCUGUUGCUCACCACGCACUUCAUGGAUGAGGCUGACAUCCUGGGGGAUAGGAAGGCUGUCAUCAGCAAGGGCAGGGUUCGCUGUGCAGGAACUUCACUGUUUUUAAAGAACAAAUUCGGUAUCGGCUAUCAUCUCACACUUGUACUCGACGGUGCCUGCCGCGAGCACCAGAUAACCCGUCUAGUGAGGGGGCACGUGCCCCGCGCGGAGAAGGCACGCAGACACGGGCGGGAGCUGUCCUACAUUCUGCCGCACUACGCAGUGCAUCUCUUCCCGCCACUAUUCCAGGCCAUAGAGCAUGAGAUCAAGGAGAAGACCAAUAGACUAGGUAUUACAAGUUACGGUGUAUCAAUGACGACCCUGGAGGAGGUGUUUCUCAGUCUGGAAGGAGAGAACGCAGAGGAGACGGAGGCAGUGGAGGGAGUCUCUUCAGUCAAGUUAGUACGAGCAAGAGCAUUGUCCAGGAGCCUGUCACUCCAGAGCAAGACAUUAAGUUAUCAGGAGUUAAACGAUAAAGAGCAACAGAAGACCACAUCUCUGCCGACUCCGCCGCAUACUGCGUCUCACGCCUUGCACUCCACCACACAUGGAGUAGAACAUGUUAAGGUGCCGGUGGAAACUCCAGCGUCAGCUCUGGGUGAGCCUGUGAAGACGAGCCCGUCCUGUUGGCGCACAUUCUGUGCUCUCGUCUACAUCCGCACCGUGCGCAUGAUACGAGACCCCUACAAACUAUACGUGAUGAUAUUCAUGCCUAUAAUUUCCUGCGCUCUUGGUCUUUAUAUAAAGUCUCGGCAAAUAGUAUUUUUUCGAAUGCAACCUCUCAAAUUGGAGCCUAACGCGUAUUCGAAUAGAACACCAAUUGCAUUGAACAGCGAACAGGACAAUUUGAAGGAACUUUUAGAUUUCCGGGAUUCAUUAGAGACAUUGGGUGCAUAUCCUAUUGUUGAUUUCGAUGGGAAUUUUUCGAGUCUUUUGGAUAUGGAGAAUUUCGGUGCAUUCAGUUUGAGAGAUAGUGUAAUACCGUAUGGAAAGAUAAUGACGUAUUUCAACAGCACGUACACACACAGUCUGCCUAUUAUAAUAAAUUUAUUGGACAAUAGCAUUUACAGGGUGUUAAUGUCAGCAUCAAACCAGCUGUCAAGUUUCAAGCCAAUCGAGGUGCUGACACAUCCGUUCCAGCAAACGGAGCAGCAAGAGGAAUUCAACCUUGGUAAUAUGGUCUGCGCCAUCUUUAUGGGAAUGAUAUUCGGCUUAGUACCCGUCACAUUGGCAGUGGAUAUCGUUUAUGACAGAGAAAUAAAAGCAAAGAACCAGUUGCGUGUGAACGGACUGUCGAUGAGCAUGUACUUCCUUACUUACUUCACCAUCCUUAUCUUCAUAAUGGUCAUCACCAGCGUUGGAGUACUCGUGCUGGUAAUUCUUAACGAUAUACCAAGUUUGACUAACGGGUCUGCAAUCACGAUGUUGUCCGGUCUACUCUUACUGUACAGCCCGUCCGCCAUUUUGUUCAAUACAUGUUUAUCGUAUAUAUUUGACAAAAUGGAUUCCGCGCAGAGCAUCAUGCCAAACAUAACAACAUGGAUUGGAGUUUUACCUUUCGUGUUAGUUGCUGUACUUGAUACGUUUAAAUGGGGUAGCGACAUCGCUUUCUACUUACACCUGGUUUUUAGUUUCCUGGACGUGAUGUACAUACCUUAUGCCAUCAUUUACUAUGUGGACAGGGUGUAUCUGACGUGUAAUCUGCGCGGUCUGUGCAUGGAACCGGAAUUAUGGAGUUACUUUACUGCUGAAGUUUGGGUGUUGAUUGUCGCCAUGUUGGUACACGUGCCUAUCUGUGGUGCUGCACUCCUCGCUGCUGAUAGGCUGAAGUCCGGCGGACGAAUAUGUCCUAAGAGUAGUCCAGCAAAGCGCGCGCUGGACUCUGAGAGCGAGGCGGGCGGGGAGGCGGGCGAGGACGAGGACGUGCGACGCGAGCGACGACGCGUGGCCGCCAUGUUGCAGCGCACGCAACACAACGCGUCCGCACACGCGCCUGCGCCCGCCCUCGUCGUACACAAUCUACGUAAAGAAUACAAGCUACGAGGCUCGUCUUCCCGAGGUCUAUGUGGUGGUGAGGAGUCGCUGCGCAAGGCGGCGCUCGCGCGGCUGAGUCUAGCGGUGCACGGCGGUGAGGUGUUCGGUCUGCUUGGUCACAACGGCGCCGGGAAGACCACAACUAUGAAGAUCAUCACCGCCGAGGAGAGGCUCACAUGUGGCACUGUGAUGCUCGGCGGUAAGAACAUUGAGGAGGCGCAGUCGUCCGCCUUCCAGAUGCUGGGCUACUGUCCGCAGCACGACGCGCUCUGGAAGAACGUCACAAUACGCGAGCAUAUCGAGUGCUAUGCGGCCAUACGCGGCGUCACCAAGGCAGAUACGCCCAGGAUAGUAGACGCGUAUUUAAACGGUCUGCAGAUAAUGGAGCACGCGGGUAAGAACGCGGAGGAUUGCUCGGGCGGUACUCGACGUAAGCUCUCCUUCGCGUUAGCUAUGGUGGGCGACCCGCGCGUCGUGUUGCUCGACGAGCCCUCUACCGGCAUGGACCCGCGCAGCAAACGCUUCCUCUGGGACACCAUACUUGCCAGCUUUCAGGGUAAAAAAGGUGCUAUUCUGACAACACAUUCCAUGGAAGAGGCUGACGCGUUAUGUUCAAGAGUGGGAAUUAUGGUGAAAGGAAGUUUAAGGUGUAUCGGUUCGACGCAACAUCUAAAGAAUUUGUAUGGCGCAGGCUACACGUUAGAAAUGAAAAUUGGUCAUAAUAAUCAGAAAGUGAUGCUGGACUCAGAUCUAUCAAUGACGUCAUCUCCACUAAGAUCAGAUGAAAAUUCACCAUCGUUAGGAGAAGCAGAUGAAGGCGGGUCGGGUGGGGGCUCAGUGACAGCGGAAGCAGACGCGGAGGCGGAUGGUGAAGCGGAAGCGGUUGACAUCAGCAUACACACGCCCCUAGUCGCCGGCACUCCACCUUUACCUAGACAACAACAUCACAGGUCAGAGUCCAGUGGUGGCGGGGCGGGCGCGGAGGCGGUGAUAGCUUUAGUGGCGCACCUAUUCCCUGCUGCUGUGCUGGAGGAGAACUUCGCGGAGCGCCUCGUCUUCUCAGUGCCACAGUCCUCAGUCUCCAGUUUGGCGAGAUGCUUCCAGCAGAUAGAAGAUGCAAAAGAAAAGCUGAAUAUAGUAGAAUAUAGUUUCAGUCAGACUACACUGGAGCAGGUGUUCUUGAAGUUUGCACAAACUGAGAACGUCGAAUCUUCAGACCAAGAACAUUGACUAUGAAAUCCUUCAUUGUUUUAUAUUAUAAGCGAACCGCGCCACUUGGAAAACUUUGAUAUAAUCUGUUACUAUUAAACUUGUCAUCUGUCACUUUUAGGUUAGGAUAUUUCAAUAUUUCAGAAGUUUAUUUGAAACAAACUGGUAUAAUAGAAUGUGAAUAAAUGUUCGUUUUCCAGAUUAGUUAUGUUUUACCGCUAGAAACUUUAUUUGAAAUUUAAUUUAAUCAAAGGUUACUAAGUGGUGAUUAAGAAGUAAAUUUUGUGCUUUUAAAACUGUAAUAUAAAGAAUCGCUUCUAAUAUGUUCCGUAGUUUAUUUCGUUGAGUUGUCAAAAGCUUUUUGUAUGAAGUUUCCAGUUGAUGAGAGAAUAUUAUGUAGGUGUUGUAGUAUUAAUAAAAUUAUUAUCGUACCCCGUGAUGUGGCGAAAAUCUUUAUUGGCCUAUAUUAUAAUAUGGACUGUCUAAUUCUUAGCAAAACUCUUUUGUAAUUUUAGAAAUAUGUUAAUUUGGCAACACCGCUUAAAGUAAAAAGAACGUUGGCUCUAUGGAUUUUAAAUUUGACAGAUGAUGCGGAGUAUAAACUAAACAAGAUGGCGCCACAUGCACGGCGUAUGGUCGUAGUCUGUGUUGACGGUGUGAAUCGUUUUAUAAUUUCAUACAUUUAGUAGCAAGUUUUAUAUACGGAUUAGAAUUUGGAAUACGUUUUACAUUUGUUCAUAUGAGUGCCUCUAUACUUCAAAAAUAUCUAUACUAAAAAAAAAUACAGUUGCCUUCAGUCGCGGUGUUCCGCCUAAAAAGCGACUGUACUUGAUUGAUUUAAAAUCUUAACAAAUCCUACUUAGUUUAGGACCCCUGAUCGAAAAGAAAAGUUUUGUUUUUAUAUAAAAAAACUAUAAACUUAGUGUUUAAAAAAAACUUCCUUCUUUUCUUUAGUACGUGUAUGUCAUAUGAAACAAAUGUAAAAACAUAUUCUUGUUAUAUUUAAGGUAAAAUUAAAACUUC